AUGACCGGAUCAAUCAAUGCAGGACAAAAAUCGGCAAGUUUGAUUGCAAUCGAAAAAAAACUUCUCGAGGUGGAAGCUCGGAUUGCGGCUGAUAGGAAACGAAGAGAAGCAGAAUUGAAGGCAGCCGUUGAACAAGCUGGACGUGAUGCCGAAGCCAUCAGACAGAUGAAAGCUCGGCAAAAACCCCUACACUCGUCCAAUCCCAGUACUCCCAAUCCACCCAAGCCAAUUCCGUCACCGUCGAUCCCGAAUUCUACCGGCCCUGCUCGUGGUGCCAAAGAACUCCCUGAACCGGCUCUGUUCUUGUUGAGAGACCUUUGGAGUCAUCUCGGCUAUAAAGGCGACCCAUUCGUUGAGAUGCAAAUGGAGAUCAGUCGUGAAUUGGAUCGUGCGGACUUCGCUAGGUUCGAGCGAGAGAUGCUCUGCAAUGAAGUUAUUGGUGCCCGUGCUGAGAUUAACAUGAUGAAAGAAGAACGUAUCCAGCUUGUGAAAAGACUCGAAUUGAAUCGGGAAAACAUCAGCCAAUUGGUAGAGACUGAAGACCGCACAUACAAGACUUUGAUGGCGGAACGCGCCACGUCUGAGAACGUAAUCCGAGGGCUCGAGAAUGAAAUCAGGGACCUCAAGGGAGAACGGCACGGCGCCCAAGAACGGAUCGCAGCGUUAUCCAACGAGCUUGAGCGAGCAGAGAAGGCAAGGAUUUCUGCCGUGCUAUAUGCGCAAGCAGCUGAAGAUAGAGCCUCUGCCGCCAAUGCCACUGCUCAAGCGGCAGUUGAAGUAGCUAACCGACAGAAGGAGGCGCCGCCACCACCACCACCUGCUCCAACGAUCAACCCCAUAAUUCCAUUUUGGCCGGCCGCGGAUGAUGAAGCGUUGAAGAACAAGUUGAAGGAGCGAAUUCUAGCGGUGGAGGAAGAGAAGUUGGCGUCUCAGUUGGCCUCAGUCAAAGACGAAAGAGAGAAAUUGUUCGGGGCGAGCCAGAGAAAUAACGACUCGAAUGCUACGUCUAAGGAUUCCAAUAAUCGGAAGGAAGAAGGGGCCAACAAUCAACAGAAGGGCCAGCAAAACUCGGACAAAAACAACAAGAACAAAGAUGGCGAUAACAACAAAAAUAAGAAUAACAAGAAUAAUAGCGGCAACAAAGAUAACAAUACUAAUAGCACCAACAAUGAUAAUGGCAACAAAAAGAAUAACCAAAACAACGCCGAAUCGAACAAGCAAAACGGUAACAACAAGAAUAACAAUCAGAGUCAUCAAGCCCGAAAAAGUAGCAUCAUGGAUCUUUUCUGA